CGAUUCCUCAAAUAUUACUUUUGAUACUCUGUCAAUGGUGUCAGAGCCUCUUUUUCUCUGAAAACAACUUUGAUCCUGAAACCAUGGCCGACCAGAGCCCCUCAACCGACUCAGGCAAGACUACCAUCACCAGUCCAGCAAUUGUUGUCGCUCCAACUGUUGGCAACCCAAACACCAAUUCAACCAAUGUCAUCACCUUCAACGUUGCUGUUCAGUUUCCAGUGAAACUCACUACUGAUAACUACUCAAGUUGGAGUAGGCAAUUUAUUUCACUGCUCAAAGUCUAUGAAUUGUACGAGUUCUUGUUGGGAACGAGGCCAUGUCCACCUGUAGAUCCCACUCCAGAUUCACCCUAUGAUAUUUGGUUUGCAACCGCUACUCCUAAGUUUAAUGGUGACUAUCACAAUGCUAUGAACAGUGUGCAGUUGACUUCCUUCAAUUCUUAUGGACCUUCAUCCAAUCACCCCACUAGAUCUGGCAGCUCAAAUUGGCAAUUUAAUGGUCUAGUGAACCGUGGAAACAAGGGCAAUCAUGGAAUUGCCCAGAUCUUAGGAAUCAUGCACAUGUGGCAAAUUUUGCAUCCACAUCUUGUAAGGCAAGAAGUGAAUGGUGGAUCGAUUCAGGUGCAUCUGAUCAUGUUACCCCAGACUUGUCUAACCUUGCAUUACAUUCGAAAUAUGGUGGACCAUAUGAGCUGCUUAUUGGGGAUGGAUCAGGAUUGCACCAUGGGAGUGACGCUUCUUCAAGGGCACAAUCAUCAUGGUGUGUACGGCCUAGCUGCCCAAGGUCCACCUAAGAUGGGUCCAAUGGCAAUGGCUGGUGACAAGGACACUUAUCAUUCUACAAUUGGAUAUGUGGUGUUCCUCGGUAGCAAUUUCAUUUCUUGGCGAGCCUGCAAGCAGAAAACUAUUGCUCGCAGUUCCACUGAGGUAGAGUACCGUGCACUCGCUGCUGCUUCUUCUGAAUUGGUUUGGAUUAAGCAUCUACUUCAUGAACUUGGCCAUCCUGUAUCUGAAUGUCCUGCAAUUUACUGUGACAAUGUUGGAGCUACCCAUCUGAGUAGCAAUCCAGUAAUGCAUACCAGGAUGAAGGAUAUAGCAAUUGAUCUCCAUUUUGUUCGGGAACUAGUUGAUCACAAGGUCCUUCGAGUGAGCCAUAUCUCCACUGUUGAUCAAUUAGCCGAUGGCCUCACCAAACCACUUUCAUUGCAUCAUUUUACUCAACUCCAAAGCAAGAUUGGAGUCACCGAUGGGAGCUCCAUCUUGAGGGGGCGUAUCAAGGAAAUAACUACUGAUUGAGCGAGAUUCUUGCUAUUGAGCGAGAUUCUUGCUAUUCAAUAGUGCAUCACUGAUUGAUCCUUCAGUCAAUACUAUAUUUCUGAUUUGAUCUAUAUAUAUUGUAAUAAUGACAAGGAUAAUUA